CAAGACACUUGCACUUGGUGUUUCCACUCGAAAGCAUCUUGCUGUUGAAAUGAAAGUUUUCAUCACGAUCUUGUUUCUGGGCUUGUGCUUCGGCGGUAACCAAGCGCAGAAGGAGGAGAGCAUCUCUGAUCUCCUGAAGGAUAAUUCCAAGGGCUUGCAGGCGGCCAAUGUGCUUCUGGACAGGAUUGCAGUAGUCGGCGAGGAGGCACAGGCUGGCUUGGCACAGCAAAAGGAGGCUCUCAAAGCCUUGGCCCUCGUGGAUGGUCUGCUGGCUAAACUGACAAUCGCCCUGGAGGCGAGUUCGCAGAAUCUGGUGGCCACCUUGUUGAACAUCUCCAAGCAGGGCGAAGAGUAUGGUCAUCACACAGAUGCGCAGCUCCUGGAACUGGCCCGCCUGCAAGAGGCCACCAAGCAGUUCCUCAAUGUGUUGGAAGCCAAAUUGGAUGCCUACCAAAAGCAUGCGCUGCAAAGUUCCCGCAGCAUUGACAGGAGCAUCGAUGGACUGGCCAAGCUGAUCACCAGGACGGUGCUGCCCCAGAUCAAUGGCCUUAAAUGCUCCUUCGACAGCCUGGAAACAUCCCAGAUCAACGGGGAGGUGGAGCUAAAGAAUUUGGCCGGAGUCAAAGAGCUCAGCGAGGACUCUAAUCGCAAACUAAACGUGCUGGAGCAGCAGUUGAAGCAGCUUAAUCGAACCCAGGAACUGCGCCUGGACACACUGAUCGGUGCAGUGCAGCAUUCGCAGCCACUUAACCCCUGGAAACUGGAGGCAGCCCUGCGUGAACUGAUCAUCUCCCAGAAGCGCAUCGAACUGGAUUUGGAUCAGUGCAGCCGGCACUCGCCCCAUCAACAAUACGGCCACCAUGAUGAGCCCCAUGGGCAUGGGCCCAGCUAUGGAGUUAAAGCUCAGGAGCCUCACCAGACUCAGGCUCCGGAGCCCAUGCAUAACCAUCAGAGCUCCAGUGCCGUGUCCUGGCGGGAGUCACUGCCCUGGGAGACUGCCUCUCCAUACCAAUCCGCUACAGUUCCCCAUCACCAGCAUUGGAAGCCAGCGCCUGCCUAUGGACCCACCUCCAAGCCCAAGCCAAAGCCAUAUCCCAGGGGAGGACACUCUGCUCCUAUGCCUCCUGUAGAAUUCCAUCCCGAACCUAGCCACCAGCAAUCCCAGCACAAAUCCGAGCAAAAACCGCAACCUAACCAACAGCAAUCACACAAUCCUCAACCAUUCCAUGAGCAAUCCUUCAAGCCACAAUCUUACCAGGAGCAAUCCUAUAAGCAACCCGAACCCAUUCAGCAAGGAGAAUCUUACGGGAUUUGGUACGGAGACGGUUCACUGCCCCAAGGAUACUGAUGCUGGUAUAGAAACCGAACCCGAUUAAUCUUUUAGAAACACAUUCAUAGAAAAUUGUAAUCACUAUUUUAUUCAACUUUAUAAAAAUUAAUAAAUAUUAUUUCUAAGGUAAA